AUGGACCCACUCACAAAUACAAAUGUCCCAAAGAGCACAAAGAUGCAUUCAAAAGUCGUUAUUAUCGGGUCAGGUCCUGCAGGACACACCGCCGCUUUAUAUCUUGCGCGCGCGAACAUCAACCCUGUCCUGUUUGAGGGCUUGAUGGCAAAUGGUUUCGCUCCCGGUGGUCAACUUACCACAACCAUAGAUGUCGAGAACUAUCCUGGUUUCCCAUCUGGCAUCCUUGGUCCCGAGCUUAUGUAUAGGUUUCGCGAGCAGUCCAUUCGCUUCGGAACGCAGAUCAUCACAGAGACCGUUUCCAAGAUCGAUCUCUCUGCACGCCCCUUCCGUUACUGGCGAGAGGGUGGGGAACACGAUGAACCAGAAACUGCAGAUGCGAUCAUCAUCGCAACUGGUGCGAGCGCGAAGAGGCUAAGACUCAAGGGCGAAGUCACAUACUGGCAAAGCGGCAUCAGCGCGUGUGUAGUCUGCGAUGCUGCCAACCCUGUUUUCAGAAAUCAACCGCUAGCUGUCAUCGGUGGUGGUGAUUCUGCAGCAGAAGAAGCCACCUAUCUGACAAAAUACGGCUCUCACGUGUAUGUCCUUGUCCGCCGUAGCGAACUCCGCGCUUCUAAAACUAUGGCCAAGCGCCUUAUGAAUCACCCCAAGAUUACGAUCCUUUGGAACACCGUCGCAACCGAAUGCCAAGGCGAUGGCAAUCUCCUCAACAACCUCCGCAUCAAAAACGUAAGGACAGGGGAAGAACAUGAUCUACCAGUGGUCGGACUUUUCUAUGCGAUCGGACAUGAACCAGCUACGUCCCUCGUGCGCUCCCAGCUGCAAACGGACCUUGAUGGGUAUGUCAUCACUGUCCCUGGAACGACGCAGACGAGCGUCAAUGGCGUGUUUGCCGCUGGCGAUGUGCAGGAUAAGAGGUAUAGACAGGCUAUCACUAGUGCGGGGAGUGGGUGCAUGGCCGCGCUUGAGGCAGAGAGGUUUAUUGCGGAGGAGAUAGAGGAGGGGUUAAUGAUCAGGAAGCUGAAUCCAGAGUUGAUAUCAGAUAGCGAGGAAGAGAGACUCAGAAAGUGUAAAUCUGUCACUCUUGAAGUCAUUGAAAUAUCCUCGGACGACGAUGACAACUCACUCACAAAAUACGGUACUCGACAGGAUCAGAACACUCCUGUUAACACAAGCCCAUUCCGUGGAUCGUCGGAAAUCAUUGAAUUGACAGAUAGCGAUACCUGCGAUACAUCCUCCGACUUUCCGGACAAAUUAACUGAUCUCGUCAAGAGCCCCGCAAAAAUGCGGAGGAAACCUGUGGCUCAGCGUCCGAAGGAUUUCUUGUCACUUUAUGCUGAUGAAAGCGAUGCAGACGAUGGUUCCAUUCUUAUUCUGAACGAGCCUCGAAGUGCACGCAAACCCAUUCGCCGUGCUCAGAUAUCCACUGUCAAUGAGACCAUUCCCUCCUUCCCGAUUACUCGCUGUAAUGACGGGUCAUCUCACUCACAUUCAUCUGGAGAGGAUAAGAGGCAGGCUGGUACUCCUCGGGCAAUCUUGGACAGCACGCCACGGAUAAAUAAACCACCCCCGAGGAUUUCCAAGCAGGGAAAAGCAGAGGAGCAGGCACGUCGCGAGAAAUAUGCUGCACAGCUCUUUGAAGAGCUGAAUAGUACAAUAUUCGAUAACGGUCUCCCCCGAGAGACAAAAUUGAAUUGGAAUAAGCGCCUCUUAACUACCGCGGGGAGGGCUAAGUGGCACAAGUCUAGGGAUGGUGUUCAGACGACAGAGAUCGAGCUGGCCGCCAAAAUUUUGGAUUGUGAUGGUGGAGAGGUCUUUGUUUCUGCUUCUACCGUGCCCCUGAUUUGUGUGCUUUUAGAACGGAUACGAAAUACUUUGUCGCAUGAGAUGUGUCACCUGGCAUCCUGGAUCAUCAAUGGCAACCCGAAAGAAGGCCAUGGCCAGAUCUUCAAAGCGUGGGCCAACAAAGUAAUGAUCAAGCGUCCAGAAAUUGAAAUCACGACAAGGCACAACUACGAGAUUUCGUACCCAUUCGAAUGGAAAUGCGAGAAGUGUUCAAAAAUAUAUGGUCGAUAUAGCAAAUCCAUCAGACCAGAUGAAUGCGUUUGUGGCGUUUGUAAGGUCGGAAAACUCAUCCCCCUCUUCGUGCAAAGAGCACCCAGGACCCCUAAGGUCAGCAGGAUGGCUACUGCUCUGCCUCAAGGUUCCCCUCGUCCUGUCGCGGCUCUCGAGGAAACCAGGCAAUUUCCGGCUAACAGCACGGUGUAUGCCAUAUCAUCAGAGGAUGAGGUGAAUAUAUUGAUCGGCGCCAUCAACGAUGUGACCCUGCAUGAUGGUGAAACUCCACCACGAGCUAUGUAGUCCGUCAUUUAGCCCAUGAUGAUCUAUCCAUUGGUUUAUCGGGCCGGUAACUAGACGAAUACUUUAAUGAGGAUAGAGUAAGGAUACAAAACCGAUUUGCUAUAACAGGACCUUGAAAUAUACCAUCUACAA